GGAAAAAAUCUCUUCUUUCCAACUUAUUUUCAGUUAAUUAAUUUCUCUGAAGGCUUGGAGUUUGAAAUUGUGUUGGAAGGGUUAGGUUAAUUGGACGUUUUCAUGAAAUUUAGUGUGAUUGACCAAAUGAUAUAACUAAAUUCGAUCUUCUUCUUCUUCUUUUUUUUGCAAAGGUAAAAAUAUAAAUGAGAGGUGUAAUUGAUUCAUCUGUGAUGGUGAUCCAGCGCACCACUGCAUGGGUUUCUUCACAUCUCUUGUGUUUCCUUGUAUGCCCAAACAAAGGCUUUGGGUUUGGUCCCUUCCCAGAUGAUAUCCUAAUCAACAUUUUGAGCAGACUGCCUGCUGACGCUGUUCUACGGUGUCGCAAGGUGUGUAGGCAUUGGAGGUCUCUCACCUCAUCGACUGAUUUCAUCGCGCUGCAGAACCAAAGAGCUCCCUCCGUCCUUCUUGUGCACCAACACCAAUCUUCUGAUGCCAUUUACAUGAGGAGCCGUUACUAUGUGUACGAUGCACCUGCCAAAAAAUUGAGACGGAUUUCUUUCAAGUCUAAGUUCGGCUUUGAGGGUCGCGCCAAACAGUUCACUCGAGUUUCUUUGAGCGGUGCUUGCGGUCCCUUGCUUCAUUACAGGGUUCACGGAAACUACAACGGGUGGUGGGGGAUACACAACUUUGCUUUCAACCUCUUCACUCGACAACUAGGAGCUUUGAAAAUGAGAGGGGACGGGUACAAGGGUGUGUGUGGCAUGUUCUUCAAUGAGCCGAGAAACAAGUACAAUUAUCUAUACAUGCUUCGGAAUUCCAAGGAGAGUUUUCGGUUUUAUGUGUACUCUUUGGACUCCCGCACUGAUGAAGAGAUUGCGUGUAGCUCUUUCUUAUGCCAGUUGUGCUCGGGUAGGAGCCCAGUCGUUGUGAACCGGGCUCUGUAUUUGAUGGUGUAUCCAUUUGGGGCGGACAAAGACGAUUGCAAGCACGCGGUGCUCGUGUUUGAGAUGGACUCUGGGAACUUCCACACUUUGCCUCAUCCAGAAUUUGAAUGCCCGCGCACGGAAUUGCAUCAUAUUGACAUGCACUUGUUUGUUCAUGAUGGCCAUUUGUGUAUGUGCCAUAGUGACCUGGUCCGGGGGCACCUGGACUUGUGGAUUCUGGAGGAUUAUGCAAAUUGGCAUUGGGUCCCUUUGGCUUCCACAAUUACUCUCCCUGUCUUGGAAGAUCCUUCCAUCCCCUACGAGAUCUAUAGCGUGCGGAACGAUGAGUUGUUGGUGUUUUGGUAUCCAUCUUUGUAUAUUGUCAACUUGAAGGAUGUGGAGACUGUUGAAGAAAUCAAAAUUCCGCGUUUGGAUUCAGAAUGUUGUGUGGAAUUGGUUGUUUACAAGAGCACACUUGUGGCUCCACCUCUAGUUUGGGACGAAAGCAAACCUCCGCUCUUCCGUCUCUAAUAAGUGUACUACCAUGCACUCACCCUCUUAUCCUUUGAAUUAUGCUACUAUGAAUUAGAGCAUCAACUCUUCGCUUGAUGUAAUUGUAUGUGAUUUUAUUUUAUUAAGGUCUAUCGGAUCUAAUAAGUAAGAAGAAUAACUAAUAAAUUGGGGGAACAUAA